GGUGGUCCAGGACAGAGCACUAUUGGAACAACCGCAGUUGUAGCUCCAUUGCCAAUCAAAGCUGUUGCUAAAGCUCUCGCUCGUAAGCAUUUCAAAGAAACAUCACCUAAAGGCAAAGGAGGUACUAAUUGGCAUGAAGAAAUACACAGUGAAUCUGAGCCUGUGAAUUCCAGUUCUUGUCUAAAUGCACUGGGCAUUGUACUGUCAUCAUCUGGAACUGCCAUUAUGCUCAUUGGCAUGUACUUGCUGGCAACGGAGGGUCGAAGGUACUACCUUGACUUUGGAUUACUUGCUGGGGUGGUUGCUUUAGGAUUAUCUCUGCUUGCAUUCAGAGUUCGACGGUGGUAUUUACCACCAAAUCGAAACUUCCUCUCAGGAAUGACUGUUUCUUGUGCACUGUCAAUUUUGGAAACAAUUUUGAUGACUGUGAUGGCAGCAUUGAAACCAACACCUGGUCAAGCACUUGGAGAUGUAUUAGGUGGAGGUAUUUGUGGUGUUACUGUGUUGGCUGCAGCGCUUGCUGUGGCUGCUUCAUUGUCAUCGUGCUGUGGUGCACGACCCCCAACUGAUAAUCGUGUUGCGAGCAAUACUCCAGCACCUGAAAUCACUCCCCAUCAAGCUGCUCUUGCACUGCAUCGCCAAGGAUUUGCUCUUUGAGCUUCUUUAGUGAAUUUCUAAGACUAAUAUGAUGGUAUAGUGUUCACCUACUCCCCUUCUAUCUAUUGUUCUACACAAUGCCAACUCUACAUUUUAACAUAAGAACAAGAUGGUGUGUUAAUCAAACUUAUUGAGUUAGAUAUUGAGAAAUAGCUAUUUAGAAUAUAGAAUAAUAUUGAAAUCUGUACAUAUUUGUUAUGCAUUCCAACUGUUGAAUUUAGAAGUUUAAAACUUUUGUAAAUAUAUUUUCAUAUGUUCAAAUAUGGCUGAUGAAUAUCUUCAUAUAUCGCUGAAUUUAGAAAAUAGAAACAUUUUGAUUAGUGUCCUUAUGUAAUAAAAGAUUAUGUAUAUAUUUAUUCGAAUUGAUUUCAAAUAUUGUGUACAAACUUGUUCAUAUGUAAAGAUUU